CUCCGUGUCUCAUCGCUGAUCGUUUGGAUAGAAAAAGGCUAAACUGAAAGCUGUGAAUGACCUGAACACCAAAAUCCGGCAUGCACGAAGCUUAUCCUGACGAGCUGGUCACCGCUCGGUGGGUCAUCGGCGGACUGAGCCGUGAAGUCCCCUCAAGGUCGACUUUGAUACGUCUCCCUGCUAGUACUAGUUCCAACAAGAUCUCAGAAGAUCUCCGUGCUAUCCGUGUCCUGCCCGAAUCCUAUGCUCUUGAAGCCACUCUGGAAGCACAUGCGCUCGUCCUACCGGAGAAUGAGGUGAUCGCGCACCAGGGGAGUGCGAUCAAGAAGCUGGAGAUGGUGGUGAAGCGGUACGUAAGUAAUCUCGGGAGCCGCUAAAGGCUGUUAAAGAGGCUGUUAAGCAGGGGCAUCCAGGGUGGAUCAGAGCUGAGUUUUGGG